AUGUCUACCUUUGCUUUCGUCCUCAUCUGCGUCCAGGCCUGCUUGGUCCAGAGUUUAUAUUCAGUAACGGUAAGCGCCGCAACCGCAACCGCAGCUGCCAGCGAUGGUCACAGCUCCGGCGGCGGGAACGAUGCCUUCGAAUCCUACGGCACCGAGGAUCGGCACCUGACCAGCGACCACGGUGGUACCAGCAACGCCCAUCUCACCAGCAACAGCCACGUCACCGACUCCAGAGCCUCCGUAGGCAGCGUCACCGAUGAAACCGUCUCUCAAGCCGAUGCCGAAAGGUCCAGCAAGGCUGUUGUUUCUGUUUGCGCCCUGGCGCUCAUGAUCCAGUCCGGCGCUGGUGCGUGCCUGGGAGCUGGAUUGGCUGCGCCUUACGGUCUGGCCGGUUCUUACGGAGCAUUCGGAGCUUCGGAUGGACUUGGUUUAUACGGAGCUAACGACGGUUUUGGUGCUUGCGGUGCUUACGGCGCCAUUGACGGUUUCGGUGCUUACGGUGCUUUUGAAGGAAUUGGCCCUUACGGAGCGUACGGACCUCGUGCCUUAGCUGCUUCCAAUGGCGAAGGUCUGGCUGUAUCAAGUGCUUCCACCUACCCAGCUGGAGUAUCCGUGUUAUCCGAAAACGCCAUUGAAGGGCCUCUCGCAGUCACCGGUGCUCUGCCGUUCUUGGGAACCGUGGCUCUAGAAGGAGCUGUGCCAACUGCCGGUUCUGGUGCUGUCAACUACGGCUGUGGCAAUGGAGCCGUCGCCAUAUUGGCUGAGGACCUCGCCCCCGCUGGCAUCGCUGGUCCACUCGGCUACGGCAUCGGUGCCCGGGGUGCUGAAGGUUUCGGCUACGGUCCUUAUGGCUAUGGAAUCAAUGGCCUUGCUGGACCCUUCCGUGGCGGCUGUGGAUGUGGCACGGUAUCUGGACCCUUUGGCUUCGAAUUGAGAGACGGUUUCAUUGAUGAAACUGCCUACGGAGGCACCGGAGUCGGUGAUGUGGCGGUCGCUGGUGAGAUGGGUGUUGCUGGUACCACCCUGGUUGCCGGUCAGGUGCCAAUUCUCGGUGCUGUAGAAUUCGGCGCCGUUGUUCCUGCAGCUGGAGAUGUAACCAUCGCUGGCAGCAGUGGUUUUUUGCAACCUCCAUAA